UAUCACGUACGAUCUUGCAAUCGCAUCCAAAGCCUACAAGAUCCAAGAGACAAUGUCCCCUGAAUUUGACAAUGUUUUCAUAAACCUGGGCAGUUUUCACAUUGAAUUGUCAUUCUUCAAGGCGAUUGGUAAGCUGAUCGACUCAUCGGGCAUAACUAAAAUAAUGGUCGAGAGUGGUAUUUUAGCAGAAGGUUCGGUCAAAGGACUCCUGGGUGGAACGCAUUUCAACAGAUGUAAAAAACUACAUGUUGUUGCUGCUCUAUCAUUCAAGGUUUUACAUUUUAAAGCAUUUAUGGAUGAGUAUUCGAGAGGAGAUGGCGAAUCAAUUCUCCAUGAGAAUGAAAUAAUCGAGAUUUUGGAACGCGACAUUCGAAACCCAGGCGAGAGUGAUGCAUCACCAAAUGUGUUGGAUGAUCUAAUGAAUCGUUACAAUUCAUACACAGAGGAUACACUGGCCGGAAAACAUGGAAAAACUGCGCAAUUUGUUUCGUUGUAUGUAUGGUUCAUCGAAUUGUAUCAGAUGUUUGAACGAGCUAUACGAUCGAGUGAUUUGAACAUGUACAUCUAUGCUGCAUAUAGAAUUUGUCCCCUCUUCUUCACUUUCAACCAUCAAAACUAUGCUCGAUGGCUCACUCGCAAUCUGAACGACCUGAUGAACGUAGGUAAAACGCAUCCAGGGCUCUGGGAGGAGUUUGAAAAUGGUGCGCUCUCAAUCCGUCGAACCUCGAAACAAUUCUGUAGAACGCCCAUCGAUUUAACACUCGAACAAACAAUCAAUGCCGAUGCAGCCAACAAAUUAACUGGGAUAACAGCCUUCACGAAUUCUCUCUGUGCUCGAAAAAGAUGGAGCGAAACCCAUGCUACACGAACUGCGGUCAUCACCCAUUUGCUUGAGUCUCUCGAUUUGGUUAAAUCGAAUGAAGGUUCGGAUCAGUACAAUAGUAAAAUAUUCAACCAACAGCGACAAAAAUUUUCAAAAGAAGUAUACAAAAACAUUAAUCCGUUCGAUGAAGAUAUUAAUCCAUUGAAGUUAUUUAAUUUGGCAUCGGGGCAAGCGGCAACAUCGGAAGUGGCGGAGUUUUUAAUCAAUGCGGAGACCAGCGGACUUAAGCAGAUGGAAACGUUCAUGAAUGAGUGCCGUGAGACAGGAAUGCGUUUUGAACGCCCGAUAAAAAGAAAUGUUAUUAGAAACUUUGCAAGUGAAUCAAUUAAAAGCAUGAAUUCGACACAUAAACGAGUGGAUGAAGCAAAGAUCGAACGGAACAUAUUGGGGAAGAUACUGUGCUUAGCUCUUGACAAUGAAAUCAACCUUAGAAGCAUCCUUUCGUAUCCAUUAGCAACAGUGCCACAUGCUCUUGCCCAUUUCGAAGGUUCAAUUGCUUCAGGAAAACAAAAGGAGGAACUCACAUCAUUGCUGACUGCAAAUAUCGAUCGACAAACCGAUACACCUGAUAAAAUUGAUGUCGAUAUGAUUGAUGGAUUCAAUCUCUUAAGUAAUAUCAAAGAUGCACCUGUUAAGUAUGGACAACUUGCAAAAUAUGUCAUUCGUAUACUUUGUAAUACCACAGCGCAUGAAGUACAUGUAUUCUUCCACAAACAUGUUAGUCCGUCACCAAGAGAUAUGAAUAUGAGAAAACAAAAGGAACUGUAUAAAAAUGCAUCGACCAACUUUCAAAUAAGAGGGCCAAACCAAGAACGCACGUGCAGCUUGGCGAAAUGCUUAUCUAGCGAAAGUUUUAAGGAAGAGCUCGUCAAGUUUUUCAUUGAAUAUUGGUCUUCACCUGAUUUUGAUGAACCGGUUCCAGAUCAAAAGCGAGUUUUCCUAUCCUUUGGAGAGAAAUGUUUUCUGUUUGGCAACAGUUUUAGUGGAAAGGAUUUAUCCACGUUCAACAACAACCAUUUCGAAAUUGAGUCGAAGAUUAUUUUACACCUACACAAGAUUCGUGCGACAAAUAUUUGUAUCAAAACUGCAAAUGCUGAUACCCUGCUCGUUUAUUUGCUCUACCAUAUGCAAUUUUGGGACAAUAGUCGAGAAAUUUGGAUUCAAACCAAUAAUGUACAAACGAUAAAUGUGCGAUCAAUUUACAGAGCAUACAGUGGUAUUUUCGUAAAGGCCUUGCCAGCUUGGUUCAUGUAUACAGGCUGUAUUUACGAACCAAGUUUUUACGGAAAAGGACGGAAGACUUGCUGGAAUAUUCUACAGAAACAUCCGCAAUUUCAACGUACUUUUGCAAAUGUUGGAAAUGGUGACAAUUUAAGAGAGACUGAUUUGGAUUCACUAGCAGAAUUUACAUGUCAACUAUAUGGCACGAAUAGUAAGGACGUAGAUGAGGCUAGAUUCAUUCUAUUCCAAAAAGGGUUCGGUUCAAAGAAUAAUUUCAACUUCACUGAGAAAGGUGUGGACUUCAAAAAUUUGCCACCUUGCAAGAGUGUGAUUCGGAAAAAAAUCGAAAGAACCAAUUAUAUGGCACAGAUGGUCAAGCAAUCUGAACAAAAUUACCUCGAAAUCCCAAGUGAUGGUUGGUUCAUAAACGAAAUGAAUGAACUUGAAUUAGAUUAUUACAGUGGUAGUCCGUUUCCAACAAGUAUUACAAACAUGACAUCUGAUGAAGAUUUGAAUGAGGAAAACGACGAUCACGUUGUCUACAAUUCGAGCGACGAUGAAGAAGAGUAUGAAGACGACGACAACGACUGGAAUCCAUAGCAAUAAAUGUGCCAUAUUAAAUCGAAAAUAAUUAAGUUUCAAAGACUUUUGUGAUUACUAAAUCAAUUUUACUUGAUUCUGAUUAAGUUAUUUUGGAACAAGCUAAGCAUAACCAAAUAUUAUUCUUUCAUAGCAUAGCGUAAUAUAAUCCAGACUGAUUAGAAAGUUUGACGAUAAGUGUUCUCACUAUUAUUUUAUAACACAGAGUGGUAUACUGAUAGACAGCAGUGAUUGUAUGCAAUUCUGAUUUACUAUGUGAUGAAAAACGACUAAUUUCGUAGACCAGUUUCGCCAUAAUCGAUAGAUAUCUAGUGUGUCUCUAUAGUCAUAUUAUUAAAUUACACAAAUCAAAGAGACGUAGACGAUUUUUACUUUUAUUCACGAUUUCUUUUUUGAAAGUUCAUUGACUUUAUUACAAGGAAACACAUUUUACUUCAUUCAAUAUAUAAAAAAUAAAUUUGACUAAGAAAAAA